AUUUAUUUAUUUUUUUAAUUGUUUGAUUUUUGUUCUUUCAGGAGAAUCUGGUCUGGGCAAAUCAACCCUGGUGAACAGCCUCUUCUUGACAGAUCUCUACAAAGACCGAAAGCUUCUCAACGCCGAGGAAAGAAUAAAUCAGACAGUAGAGAUUGUGAAACAUACUGUGGACAUCGAAGAGAAAGGGGUCAAGCUGAAGCUGACCAUAGUGGACACCCCAGGCUUUGGAGAUGCUGUCAACAACUCAGAGUGUUGGAAGCCGAUCACCGACUAUGUCGACCAGCAGUUUGAACAAUACUUCCGGGAUGAGAGCGGCCUCAACCGGAAGAAUAUCCAAGACAAUCGCGUUCACUGUUGCCUCUAUUUUAUCUCGCCGUUUGGACACGGACUAAGGCCGGUGGAUGUGGAAUUCAUGAAGGCGCUCCAUGAAAAAGUGAACAUCGUCCCCCUCAUUGCGAAAGCCGAUUGCCUUGUUCCCUCCGAGAUCAAGAAGCUAAAAGAACGGAUCCGGGAAGAGAUUGAUAAGUUUGGAAUUAAAGUUUAUCAGUUUCCCGAGUGCGACUCUGACGAAGAUGAAGACUUCAAGCAACAAGAUAGAGAACUGAAGGUGAGCAAAACUAAGUCAUUCUGAGACUCAA